AUGAAAUUACGGAGGCCCCACCCUAGGCUCUUCCGUUACAAUUUACUUCCUGACCUAGUGAACAUUCUACUGGAAGUCAAUUCAAUGUUGACUAAGGCGAUUACUUUUUUAUUGGCAUCAUCUCAACUUGGUCGAGGAGCUUCACUGAAUGGUUUGCGAAAACAAGUCCAUAGAUAUAAAUCAAGGCUAGCAAAAAUUCAAAGUGCAUCAAAUCCAUUAGAACAAAAUGUUAAAGUUAACGAUGAAAAACAGUUUUAG